AUGGAUAUUCCAAGGUUACAGGACUCACAGAGUCCGUCUACAUCUUCUACAUUCCUUCCUCUUGGGCGACGCGGCUCACGUGGCUCCAUGGCUCCAACUCAAACUGAAAGAGAAUCAAUGAAUGCAACUUUGGAUCACUAUCAUAAUACAGCUUAUCAAUCAGAGUCCCUCACUCUCUUCAACGAAUUUACAACCCCGCCCGCACCAACAUCCGCAUCCGAUGAGAAACGACUGUCCGAGGAAUUGCAAGGUGGACUGAGUGGACUUUACAGUCGGUUCAGGACCUCCGUCGGGGGAGUGAGGGAUAUUGUCAGCGGUGGCGGAAAGUCUACAGACAAGAACUCAACGGAAAACCCUGCAGCUAAAACCGCUGCGUCGGAUCGUUCGAUCGUCAAACCUGUCUCAGAUUCAGUCCCUGCGUCGGCUGAGUACCCGCCAUCACAGCCUGAUUCAUCUCAAGGAUCAAGACUCCAUUCGCCUGUUGUACCACAUUUUCAGCCCCAUCAAGAACCAGCACCACACGCAAACACAGGAAAGAGAUCUAGAAUAUCCUCCAAGAGUGGCAGCAUAUCUUCCAAGACCUCCGUGUCACCGUCUCCUGGAUUCAAGUCCAACAUAGCGCCCUUGACGAAGGCCACCGGCAGUGCCAUCGCAGCAGACCCCGCAGUCACUCAACUACAUGUUAAUGGCAUUGGGAAUGCGGAUCGCACCAGUAACAACUCUGUUAAUGUGCCCUUCCAAGGCAUUCCAAACGCAGAUACUGCAAGUAUCGGUAGUAAGGAUGGCGCCAUGGAUAAUUCUAUGAGCCAAACAUCCUCUCUACAAAGCCAAAACAUCACUGGGUCGCCGAUUUUGUCUGCGAAGUUACAUGACAGCUAUCACGAGGAUCAGGGUCAAUUCGAACCUAAAGAAUCAAAUUUCCCGCCAAUUCCUACUCCAGAAAAUCAGUCGCGGAAGUCAAUCUCUAUUAAAGACCAGCAAACACAAGCUGAUGUCACGUCUCAAUCGGCUUUAUUGCGAAACACCAAGCAGCUUGACCCGGCUCAGGGUCCUGUGCUUGGGCAUGCAGGAGAAAGAUCGCAUUCGGGGGGGUCUCUCCGCCAUGAAGAGCCUAAAACGUCAACUUCCGCUUCAAAUAGCCUUUCGAGGCUUUCUUCUCACGACGAAAUGCCUCGUCACAAUAAUACACUAUCAAAAAGCCUGACUAAAAAUGCUCCCCACGAGGGCGCCAAAGUCAAUGAACCGUCCAAGGCUUCAGUUCUUGAAAGAUCAUAUGACAAAGCAAACACAGCAACCCGCGCAGGAAGACUGCCUGGCUACAUGAUGUCGCGAGCCUCCACAGCUGAAACUACCGCCACAGUUUCUUCUUUGCCUCCUUUAAACACUGCAGUCGACCGGGCUACUAGUCAAUCCCUACAAGCCAAACGCCGCCCACCGAGUGGGGACGACGGUGUUGUAUCGCAGCUGCGUAGUAAAUUGCUCAGCAGGGACUUUUGGAUGCGUGACGAGAAUGCCAAGGACUGUUUUCAUUGCGGAGAGCCUUUCACUACAUUCCGCAGAAAACACCACUGUCGAACCUGCGGUCAGAUUUUUGAUUCCAAAUGCACCCUGCUCAUUUCAGGAACACGCUUUGGACAGCCUGGCAGCAUUCGGGUUUGCAAUCCUUGCGAGAACAUGAUCAACGCACACGAUGACGAUUCUUCGGAAUUCUCUGAUAGCGAGCAGAGUCCUAUUGUUGCUAACCCUCGGGUUUCCGAACUUAGCUGGGGCAACACUGGGCGGUCAUCGGUUGACGACGACGAUUCAUCUUCUGUUGUAUCCCAAUCAAUUGACAACGUUCUGAGAACUCCCACAAUGGCUAUACCAGCUACACGACGUGCCGGGGAGGGCCAUAGCCGCCGCUCAGCUGUUCUUGAGAUCAAUUCCGAUCGCCCUCUGGCGCGACCUACCUCCUCGCGCUCCCUGCGGUCUUCCCUUGGAGCGAGACCACACACAAUCAGUCACAAGCGACAUCACUCUCGUCAACAAUACAUCCGGGGGUUCAAGCCAUAUCACGAAGAUCGAGCCCCCUUCCAACGUCGACAUGCAGAUGAUUUGGAUCCUGAAUCUCGACUGCCUGCUUUUCAUAGAGACAAUAUCAUUGAUCCUGACCUUGCUCAAUAUCUUUCUGAUGACGCCUCCAGCGGUGAUGAGCAACCUAGUCUUUUAUCUGCGGUAUCUGAGGGCGCAUUGUCCAAAAGUGGUGGCGAAAGUGAGAGAGCAUCACUUGGCGGGUUUCUUGCUGCCAUGAAAAAGGGCAGAUCUGCUUUCGGAGAACGAAAUACUCCUAGUAUGAACCGAGAUGGGGACGAUGCAAGCCUCACCAGCUCAAAAGCUGUUAACCUGCCCCGGUUCUCUCGCCGCCGUAACCUGAGCGUUGCUAGCAGUGUGCAUCCUCGUUACUCGCCUAGAACGUCAAAGGACAGCAUAUUUUACAACGAUGCCUCGUCGCCGGUUAUCCCUUUGCCCAUUGUCCCAAAACAGGCUGGGUUCAAAAUGACUCGGAGUUCGUCGAUGAGAGGUAAUGAAGCGCCACCAGUUGAGUUGAACAGAGCCAGCCUGGAACAUGUUCGGAAGCUCCUGAACCAGCUGCUUGCGGAAUCCACGGUGCCAAAUAGAGAGGGCUGGGAAAAUGCUCUGAUGCCAAUUCUGUUGAAGGCAGCUGACGAUGUUGAUCCGGAUGUCCAAGGUGGUGAUGACAUGGAUAUUCGUCACUAUGUUAAGUUGAAGAAGAUUCCAGGUGGUCGGCCUGGUGAUACUUCUUACGUAUCAGGGCUUGUUUUUACCAAAAAUUUGGCUUUGAAAGGCAUGUCUAGAAACAUCAUACGCCCAAAUAUCUUGAUCAUUACAUUUCCUCUUGAAUACGCCCGUCAGCAGCAGCACUUCAUGAGUCUUGAACCCGUGAUUCGACAAGAGCGUGAAUUUUUGGAGAACUUAGUCAGCCGAAUUUCAGCAUUGCAUCCAAACUUGCUGCUGGUUGAGAAAAAUGUUUCAGGUCUGGCUCUCGGCCUUCUCGAGAAAGCUGGAAUUGCAACUGCCUAUAACGUGAAGCCCUCUGUCCUCGAAGCUGUAUCGAGAUGUACACAAACUAGGAUUGUGACAUCCAUGGAUAAACUGUUGACAACCACCUUGCAAAGUGACUGCAGCAGUUUUGAUGUAAAGACUUACGUUCACAAUGGUCGGAAGAAGACAUAUAUGUACAUCUCUGGCUGUCCGAAAGAGCUAGGGUGCACUAUUGUGCUGCGCGGUGGGGAUGAUGAAGUCCUUGGAAAGGUGAAAAGUAUCACUGAGUUCAUGAUCUAUGUUGUGUACAAUCUUCGCCUGGAAACCUGUGUCAUGCGAGAUGAGUUCGCAAAGAUACCUACCUCGCCGACAGAAACUGCAAUGAUUGUACACGACAAAGACCAGAGAGGCAAUCCACAAAUCAUCGUUCAUGGAGGUGACACAAGUCUGAUUGAUUCAAAUGUUGUUCAACCGGGAACACUUGAGAAAGUUGACGCUGGUUCUGAUAGCCAAGUGCUCCUGUCUGCCGAUGCAACAGAGGUUCCAGACGAUAUCCCUAUGCCGACCUAUUAUGACGACAUGGUUCAGGAUCACCGGACGAAGAUUCUUUCGGCUUCACCCUUUGUCAAAUUCGAACCUCCAUAUCUCCUGAUGCGUGCGCGAGAAAUGGAACGCAGAUUGGCAUAUCUGAAACGUCUUCGUGACCAAGACGGCAAUCCUGAUCAACUCAUAGACGAAAAGGCGAAGCCCCAAAAAUUUGUCCUCAUAACCCCAGAGAUGGUCCAUCAAUCACCACAAGAUGCUCCGGCAAAGGUCAAAGAGGUGCUGCGUGCUGCUCAUGAUGCCGAGUACGACCGAGCGUUCUACCACUACCAAACUCAAAAACGCCAGUGGGAAGCCUACGUGUCCGGCAACGCCAACAUGUUUGAUCCCUAUACGCACCAGAAUCUUGUCGUCCUCUAUAGUGUUGUUUGCACAACAACAUCGGUUCCUUGCUCCGGGCCUGAUGUUUUUGCUCUCGAGUUCUACAAUGAGCAUGGGGACGAUACGAUUUUCGAGUCAGACCUGACACUUGGGCAGUAUGUCGAAGACCUUUGUCAUACAGCAAAUUCUCUUUGCACUGUUAACGGCUGCGAGAAGCGCAUGUUUGAGCACCAUCGCCAGUACGUCCAUGGCGAAGCCCAGAUCAGCGUUUUGGUCCAACCCCAUCCUUCUAAGCUCCCUGGACUUCAGGAUGUCGUGCUUAUGUGGAGUUGCUGUAAGAUCUGCGGUAAUGAAACUCAAGUCACUCUCAUGUCUGAGAGCACUUGGAAAUAUUCGUUUGGAAAAUACCUGGAGCUGUCUUUCUGGGGCAGAAACCUACAUGCUCGUGCUGGGGUCUGCCCUCACGACCUGCAGCGAGAUCACCUCCGCUACUUUGGCUUCAAGGAUGUCGCUUUAAGAGUUCAAUACGACCCAAUUCGUCUUCUCGAGAUCAUAGUUCCCCGGCCUCGCGUUACUUGGAAGGUGGACAACGAUCUUAAGUUGAGAAACCAAGUAUACCUGCGUACUGAGCAACGUCUCAACAAGUUUAUGGAAUCCGUUCAAGCUCGCCUGGAAGGCAUAAAUGUUGAGAGUGUCGUACCCGAGCUGCUGGACAGGUGCAACAAGGAGAUUGAGCUUUUGAUCAAAAAGGGACAUGACGACCAUGCCGAUUUGAUUCGGCACUUACAAGACAAGUACACAAGUUCUCGCUAUUGGGAGAUCAUACCUCUGAAUGAAGUUCUUCGUGCAGUUCAAGAAAAGGUUGUUGAAUGGGACACAGUAUUUGCUGAUUUUGAGAGGAGUUUCUUCCCCUCAGAAAAGGAUAUCAAACACAUGGCCACGCUACAGCUCAAAAAGAUCUUCCUUGACAAAGAUGAAGCUUCAACAUCUCCAGAUGAUGCGCUUCAGACCCAGGCCGACAUGGAAGAUGGAAAUAACCAAGAUGACAGGCCUCGAAUGAUGCGACGCAUGACGCUUUCGCCGGAAAAGGCACAGAAUGUGCUGGUCUCAGUUGUUGAGGAGCAUGCUGGUAAGAAGCAUCGUGAGGAGUCGCCCUCCCCUCCAACUUCAGCCGAUGAAGCAGCCUUAUCAGUGAACACAGUCGACGAACAGAGGUCAUCUUCCCAAGAUGAGGCGGUCUCCCAAGAAGAAGUCCGCCAUCUCGACUUGGCUGUGCCUACCGGUCAACUGGACCGGGGCUCCGUCGAUUCGGCUGGCAUUUCGAACCAAGCUCUGACCAGCCCUGAUCUCCAGCCGGUACUUUCCACCGACGGCUCAUCUGAAUCCUCGCCCCCGGAAGCAUCCGACAUCCCUGAGCAAGAAGUCAAACGUGAAAAAGAGGAUGCUGAAGUCACUGAGCUACCAAGCACCCCAGUGCGUCGGUCUUCAGCAAUUCCUAGACCCACCGACGCGGCAUUCCGACGCUCCGGCAAGACGCGAUCUCCUCCGUUGUUUCGUGCUCAGUCUCAGCCGGCCAAUAUACCACGUUCAAACAACGGCAUUACGCUCCCCAGCUUGAGAAUAUCUCUUACCAACAUGGUGGAACCAGAAAAGAAUCCAGCCGUAUCUCCUACAAAGCAAUCGGACAAAAAGUUGACUGAACGUUUAGGCUUGAACUUUUCCAAGACUGCUCGGUUUGCCUCGGGACAUUCAUUCAUCCCACGGUCCACUCCAGGCAAAAGAGGCAGCUCUCGGGUUUCAAACCUUGCUAGACAUUUUGAGCAAAUGAGUCGUGAAUUUGAAAAAGAAAGAUUGCGCGAGAGACGUCAACGAGCCGCAAAGGGUACCCAUUCACGGGCAUUCCCACUGGCCUCUUCGAAGCCCAUUGUGGAGGUUUACCGCAAUGUGCGAGAGGCCGUUGAAGAACGCGAUCCGCCAGUUGACAACGAUGAAUUUCUGCCGCCGAAGGAUGGUCUAAAUCGUAAAAAUGACGAGCUCGCCCAUCAAGUUACAAACAACGAGCCAUCUCUGCCAAACGGUUCGCCCACCGAGCCUGUAGAGGCAGAUGAAGCAAUUUGCCAUGAACCUCAACUAUUGUCUGAUGACGACCACCACAGUGACGAGGAUCGCAACACGGCCGACGGGCUUCAUCCAGUCGAUUCUCAUGAAGAGGCCAAACCCCCGACUGACUAUGAUGCAAAUGACUUCAAAGAUCUUCCCAAACACGAACGCAAUACACUUCUAAAAAUGCUGACUAACUUCUGGUCUGAACGUUCUGCGAGUGGAUGGGAAUCUCUCGAAUAUCCACUUAGUGUCAUGGAUCAUGUCUUUGCUGAUUGCAAUAUCAUUGUGCGUGAAGACGAACCGAGCUCUCUGGUGGCGUUCGCUUUAGACUCUUCCGAUUAUAAAGAAAAGCUUUCAACUAUCCAGCAACGCUAUGACGAGAUGGAGGAGCACGAGUCAGAGCUUGGUGACAUCGAAGCUGCGAAGGAAGCAAGGGUCGAGCAUGCUCUUUUGCGCCCCACGGGCACACAUCUUAAGUACCAAUUCCAAGAGGGCCCGGCAAAGAUGCUGUGCAAAGUAUUUUACGCCGAACAGUUUGAUGCUUUGCGCAAAAAGUGCGGCGUGGCUGAUCGAAUCGUCGAGUCCUUGUCUCGGUGCGCAAAGUGGGACUCGAAGGGCGGCAAGACAAAAUCAUUGUUUCUAAAGACACUCGACGAUCGUUUCAUUCUCAAAUCACUCUCGACGAUUGAAACACAAGCUUUCCUCAAGUUUGCUCCCGCUUAUUUCCAAAUCAUGUCCGAGGCUUUGUUCCACGAACUUCCCUCGGCCAUCGCCAAAAUGUUCGGUUUUUAUCAAGUCAUCAUCAAGAACCCGGUCACAGGAACAGAGUUCAAUUGGUAUUUGUUACUAAUGGAGAACUUGUUCUACGAUCGAGUUCCUACGCGCAUCUUCGAUCUCAAGGGGUCGAUGCGAAACCGCAAAGUGCAGAGCACAGGUGAACGGGAUGAGGUUCUUUUGGAUGAGAACAUGGUAGACUUCAUCUAUGAGACACCUCUGUUCGCCCGUGAGCACUCAAAGAAACUGCUGAGUCAGAGCGUGUGGAAUGAUACCCUUUUCUUGGGUCGCCAAGAUGUGAUGGACUACUCGCUUAUGGUCGCAAUCGAUGAAAGCCGCGACGAGCUUGUGGUGGGAAUCAUUGACUGUAUUCGUACUUACACUUGGGACAAAAAGCUCGAGUCGUGGAUCAAAGACAAAGGAUUUGGCGGUGGUGGCCGCAAUCGUCCAACAGUCACAAGUCCCAGAGAGUACAAGGGCCGGUUCCGCGAGGCAAUGGCCAGAUACGUCCUUCAAGCUCCAAGUUGCUGGCAUCAAUUCCAAUCCAAUGCGAUGCAUCGACAUGAGAACACGGUCACUGAAACCGAUGCCUUCGAUCACGUUGAUAGCGUCGGUGGAACCCCAUAUGCUGAAGACGCCGGUUUCUAG